AUGGCUACACCUACGCGAGUUGUUUCCGUUCAGCGGCUCAGCCAAGGGCCCGGGAAUCUGUCUUUGGCCGAAUGGUGGAAACAGGAGCGUAAUCAGCAAACGCCUGAAUCCAAGGCCAUCGAGGAAGCCGCGGAACUGCUGCGCUCGAGUGAUCUCCCUGUCGCCUUUCCCACCGAGACAGUCUACGGGCUGGGUGCCGAUGCCACGCGCAGUGGUUCGGUCCAGGGCAUCUACCGUGCGAAACAGCGACCCUCGGACAACCCGCUGAUCAUCCACGUCGAUUCCCUGGAGAUGCUGGAUCGACUGCUCAAUCCCAGCGUUCAAAGUCCCCACUCCACCAAGACACCACCCAUCACGGUCCCCGCAAUCUACAAGUCUCUGAUCGACCGAUUCUGGCCCGGCGCACUCACAAUAAUUCUACCAAACCCCUCCGGCUCCGAACUAGCGCCCGAAGUCACUUCAAAGCUGACCACGUUCGGCGUGCGCAUGCCCUCUUCUCCCCUGGCGCGUCUUCUCAUCCACGCGACUGACCGUCCCCUCGCCGCACCCUCCGCCAACGCAUCCACCAAGCCAUCCCCGACAACCGCACAGCAUGUAUACCACGAUCUCCACGGCCGCAUCGACCUGAUCCUCGACGGCGGCGCCUCAGGCGUCGGCGUCGAGAGCACCGUAGUCGACGGACUAUGCGACCCACCCGCCAUCCUCCGACCCGGAGGCAUCGGCAUCGACGAGAUCCGCCAAUGCGCAGGCUGGGAAAACGUCACAGUCGCCUACAAAGACGGCUCGCUAGACGUGAAAGAAAUCCCCCGCGCCCCCGGCAUGAAAUACCGCCACUACUCCCCGAAAGCGCGAGUUGUUCUUUUCGAACCCACAUCCAGUCCUGCCGGGGUUGUCAAGCAUGUGCAGAAAGAUCUUCAUGAUUCUGCCAUUGGCGCUCACAACAUUGGUAUGAUCCGUACGCGCAACUGGAAACUGGGUCUGGAACUCGCUCCGGAAGCUGAGAUUGCCAAUUCGAUCAAGCCGAUUGAUGCUCCGAUUGAGGACCUCAUUAGCUUCCCGAUUCCUGUUCAGGAGACUGGUAAUCCGAGUGCGCGCACUAAAAUGGCCUAUGAUGUUUAUAUCGGGCCGGACACUGCUUCUAUUGCGCAUGGUCUCUUUGCUGCGCUUCGUGCGCUGGAUGAUCUGGACGUCGAUGUGAUUUAUGUCGAGGGCGUUCCGGAUAGUGAGGGAGAUCUUGCUGCGGCUGUUAUGAACCGGCUUCGAAAGGCGGCUGGGGCUGAACUGCGAGCUUAG